AUGACAGCUCCAGUUCGUGUCCCGCACGUUGUUCACUCGUUGCCCAUGUCUGCCAACACCGCACGAAGAUGGGAAGCGCAACUGCUGCUGGGUCUUGAUGCGCUCCACUGUGCCGAAAUGACAGCUCCAGUCAUGCAAUAA